UUACUCUGAUCUGCUAUUAUUAGAGAAAAAUUGUUAUAGAAAUGAAGUUACUGUAUAAAAAAAAAAUACAAUAAGAAACUCAUUCCAUCCAUUAUACCAGAAACUUUAAAGCUCUCCACAGAGGUCGGAAAUCAUUCUACAUUAUCGUACAUUUAUAUAAAGAGUCCUGUGCUGCUGGAGAAAAGGAAGCUUUAAAAGCAGCCGUUGCUGAACUGAGAUAAAAACAGACAACAAGAAAUAAAGCUUUUACAGUCUGAAGAGUUUGUUUCUGAUCUUUAAUACAGAUCUACUGCAUCAAAAAUUCUUAGGCCACUUUAUUUAACCUGUAGAGAAAUCAAAGUAGAAACUCAGACCAUAUUUCUUCCUUUAUCAAGCUUCUGAGGCAAAAGUUACUCUAAAUCCUGCUAAUUUCCAUUUAAAAGCAGCAUCUGAACUUUUCUACAGUAAAUACUGUAUUAAAAUAUAUGAUAAUGUAAUUGUAAGCAGAUAUGUGUUCAUAUAACUGCUUCUGUAGGGCCUAUAAGUUGAAGGCUGGUAUUUAAUCAAGGAAUGAAUGGCAAUACGGUCAAAUACAUCCAUAAUAAUAUACUUAAAAUGACCUCCUAGCUGCAUUUAACUACAUUAUAGUGUGUUAUGAAUUAUACUUCAGCUGUUUUUUCUGCUUAUACAUAAUAAAUGUAGGUACAGAUCAUGAAAAAUUGACAGUUUGAAAAGACAAGACACAAUCAUAUAAGACAAUAGAAGAUAAUGUAGUAGCACUGAUGGAAAAAAAGGAUUUACCUUAGAAAGGAAGACUAAGUUGAAUUUGGUAUGUUAAUGUGGCAUCAAGGGGGGAAAAAAUGACCUAAUAUACACUAAGAACUUCUUAAUUUAAUCUUGAAAAUGUUGCUAACCAGAUAACAUUUGAUGAUUUAACACAUAAAUGCAGUUAUAAAAAUACAAACUCUCGAUGCAUGAUGCACUGAAAAGUGCAUAAGGAAGUCAACAUUCUAAUUGCAUUUUGCAGACAUUUGGCAACACUGCAGCUCUCGUGUCCAGCUGCAAGCACUGAGAAGCAGUUUAAGGAUCUGGCACGUUUGCAUCAGACACUGUGUUGAUUAGAACUGCCAAGAUAGCAAAUGACAUUAAGUGCAUUACUGAGAGUGCUAAAGUUUAUUAGUUUUCUGCAACUACUUCUGUCCAUGUUAAUCAGCCUUGUGUUUUAUCUGCACUGUUAGUCUCAGUUUUGCUGUGAUUUGUGCAGCCUAAAUAUAAAUCAGUUCUUCCAAUGUGCAGUUAUAUUGGAGUGGUUAAUAGAUGAGCCUUAAAUUUAUCCUCUUUUGUUUCUGUCAAUGGGUUUCUGGUGCUUCAUUACUCCAGCCUGUUUACUCCACUGUGGAGGCAUCUGGUUAGUGUUGAGCUUGUGGACCCCACACCUGUGAAUGGGUCUGCUACCUUAAUUAGCUCCACUUUCAUGUCCAUGGCCUUGGUCAAGCCUCAGCUGCUGCAGCUCCCAGUGCGUUCCAUCGAGGCGACUGUGACCACGUGAACACGCAAACCAAUUAUGGCCCCUGGCAGCAGCUUAUUAUCAGGCUCAUCUUGUGUGGAGGGAUUUCUGUAAAUUGGAUCAGGCCGCUUACUGGAGCUUAGCAUGACGUACUGCAACUUUGAGUUUAAUCAUGAGGAUCCUCGGCAAUCCUCCACCUCUCCGAGAGAGCGGAACAUCACCAUCGGCCUCACCUGUGCUGCAGGGAAGCAAAACUGGUAAAAGUUUGGAGAAAUAAAGCCUAGUGAACUUUGAAGUUUAUGGUACAAUGGAAGAAGUUAAACCUUUGAAGAAAUAAGACUCCUAUGCUACUCUGGGGUCUUCUUGAGGUCUUCAUCUCUGCUGCUUUGCUGUGGGAUGGAUUACAGGCUGAGCUGAUUCUCCUGUCCUGUUGGACCAGCCAGAGGAGACCUCGAUAACAAAACAGACAAGGAGACUGGUACUGCAGGUUGGCAAGAAUAUCUGGACAUAUUGCAGUUCUACAUCAUCUUUCAACUCUCUUCUUCUCAGACAAGGACACCUCACAGAUUGAACAAUGGCUUUGAUGUUGGUCAAGUUCGAUCUGAAAAAGCGAGUGAAGCUCGCUCAGUCAGUCUGGUUCAUGUACUGGUUUGCCGUACUGGCCGGUGUGCUGGUCUUUAGCAUGGGCCUGUUCUUCAAGAUCGAGCUGCGAAAGCGCUCAGAACUCAUGGACAACAACGAGAGCCACUUCCUGCCCAACCUGCUCAUACUUAUGGGUCUAAUAGCCUGCGGCAUCAACGCCUUCGGAGGCAAAGUCUGCUACGAUUCGCUGGACCCGACCAAGUUUGCAAAGUGGAAGCCCAUGUUGAAGAGCUUCCUGGUGUUCUGCGUGGUGUUCAACGCCCUGCUGUUUGUCACAGCCCUGCUGUGCUUCCUGAUGAGGAUCCCCCUGCAGUUCACCCUGGCCGAGGGGCUGAGGAACGGCAUGAAGUACUACAAAGACACGGACACGCCCGGACGCUGCUACAUGAAGAGGACCCUGGACCUGAUGCAGAUGGAGUUUCGUUGCUGCGGAAAUGACAACUACAGAGAUUGGUUUGAGAUCCAGUGGGUUAGCAACCGCUACCUAGACUUCAGCGCAAAGGAAGUCAAAGACCGCAUCGGUAGUAACGUGGACGGCCAGUAUCUGAUGGAUGGAGUCCCGUUCAGCUGCUGUAACCCCAGCUCCCCCAGACCCUGCAUCCAGCUCCAGAUGACCAACAACUCUGCCCACUACAGCUACGACCACUACACCGAGGAGCUGAAUGUGUGGAAGCGUGGCUGCCGCGAUGCCCUGCUGUCCUACUAUGGAGGCAUGAUGAACACCAUCGGAGCCCUGGUCAUACUGGUCAUCAUGCUGGAGAUCGCUGUGACUGUCGGCAUGCAGUACGUCAACAGCUCCCUGUCCACCCUGGCCAACCCUGAGGACCCCGAGAGCGAGAGCGAGGGCUGGAUCUUGGAGAAGACGGUGAAGGAGACGUUCACCGACAUCAUGGACAAAAUGAAGGCCAUGGGCAAAGGAGGAAAAGUGGAGGAGGGGGGCGAGGCAGCGGUGGCAACGGUGAGCUGAGCUGAACCCAAACCUGCAAAAACUGACACCGCUCCACCUCACGAGGAGAAAAAAGGACUUAUGAGAGUACUACACUUUUGUACCAACCUUUAUUUUGUAGACCUACUCACAUAUUUGAACUCCUUUUAAAUGGACUCAUUACCAACGGACUCCUUGAAUCAAUAAUACUGCAGAUUCACACAUAGAGAAAUUCAGUAGCAUGAGUAAUGGUUUUUAAUUCCCCCAAUGAAACUAAUCCAUCUCAAACUCCAAGUUAGCUUCAAGGCAUAUUUUCAAAGAUAUUUGCUAUUUGGAUUUCUGACAUUCAGUGGAUUUCAAUCCUUUUUUCCCUCCCAAAAAAAAAGAAAAGUCAAGUCAGUGUGCGCUCUAUUGAUAAAUGUCAUUUAUUUUGCAAUCACAAGUAAGUUCGUAAGUUUUCCUUUGUAUUGCCGUCACAUAGUUUGGCGGGGAUGGUGGUUGCUAUGCAACCCCCCCUCUUAGGGAAGCCUAAGGUGCAGAUGGAGGAUAUUUACCACCCACGAGACACAGUGUUUUAUUUUUGACCCGUCUAUAGUGCUUUGGCUCGUAGCUGAUACUGUAUAUAGACAAAGCAAACAAAUUAAACCUCCCCAGCUCAGCUCUUUUUAUACUUCAGUCCACCUUUGAAGACUGGUUAAGCUCCUGAGAUGGAGUAAAAAUCUGAAUUGAAUGAAUCAGCAUGAAUUAUGCAUGAAUGUUGCAGCACAUGGUUGAAGAGUGAUUCAUGGGAAGCAGGAGGAGCGCCUCAGAGAAGCACGGAGGACGGCAGAUAUGGCAGCUAAAUCUUGGCUCCUGACCCCUGUACUGUAAUCUGAAAUCCUCUUUGGUGUUUCCCAUGUGCAUUCAGUAUCUGUUUGUUGUAUGUAUGUAUAUUCUAACAGCUGGUGGGUCUUUGUACAUAGUGUAGAAACGAUGACAAAAACAUUUAACUUUUUUAAAAUAAUGUAAUUAAGAUAAAUCUUUUAUUUAAAUCCAUGUAAAGUUUUUUUUCCAAAUGUUUUUUGGGGAUUUGUGUGUCUGUGUAGAAAAGAAAUUUUGCUGGUUGUAUACAUGAAUAAAGGAUUUUAGAGAUGUGA